AUGGGAAACCGCCUUUGUUUCUCCUCCCUCCAUCUCCUCCUCUUCCUCCUCCUACAACUCUGGCGCACGUUAGCCUCGCAACCGUCCAGCAGCUGCCAGGCCAAGUGCGGUUCCCUCACAGUAAAGUACCCUCUGGGCACUGGCUUCGGCUGUGGCUCCCCACGCUUCAACCCUUACGUUACCUGCUCCUCCUCCUCCUCCUCCUCGUCACCGGACGGUGACCACGACCAGCUCCUCCUCACCACUCACACAGGGUCAUACCCAAUCACGGCCAUCUCCUACGCCACCUCAACCCUCACCAUUACCCCUCCCAACAUGUCCACCUGCUCCUCCAUGCAACCUUCCCAAAACCUGGGCAUCGACUGGCCCAGCCCAUUCCAACUCGGCCCAUCCGUCUUCGUCCUCCUCUCCUGCCCACCUCCUACCUCAUCUUCCCUCACCGUUAAGGGCCUUCCCAUCUGCGACUCCACCUACAACUACCUCUGCGCCUCCAUCCACACCUGUCCCGCCGUAGCUUCACUGGGUCUCUCCCUCUUCGCGCCCACCAACACCUGUUGCGUCUAUUCUCCUGCCAAUCUCGACCCCAAGGGGGAUCUAGACCUCAAGGCCUUGGGCUGCGCUAGCUACGCCUCCGUCCUGUCUCUUGGUCAGUACCCAACGGACCCGAACAAGUGGGAGUACGGCGUGGCUCUCAAGUAUAACAACGAUGUGGGCUCCCUGGACAGUUUUGUCGCCACCAAUUGCGAGGUGUGUGAGAGGAGCGGUGGAGCUUGUGGGUAUGGGCCACCCAGGAAUUACUUCUUGUGUGUGUGCAACAAUGGUGUUAAUACCAGCACAGACUGCUACAAUCAGAUGAGCCUUUCGAACUCUGUAUCCGUCAUCACCACAAGAAGAAAAGUUUUGUUGGGGUGGAUCAUUGCUUUAAGUUUCCUCGUUAUGGAGUGGGAGUGAGAAAGGCCUCUCUUUCAGUUCACCACCAAGAAAGGAAAAAACAGAAAAAGAAGGGUAUCUCAUCCUUUGGGUUUUGAGACUCGAGAAAGGAUCUUUUUCAAGCUUUGUUGCUAUCCAUGCAAUGACAUGGAAAGAAGUGGGGAGAAAAGGGUUCCAUUCCACCUUUAGAUAGUGCCUAAUAGAAAGAGAAGAAACAAGUGACGGUAAAAAAAAAGUUGAUUUUUAUGACAAGUUCUUAGCGUUGUUCAUGCAUUAUAUAAUGGACUUCCAAAACCAAGAAUAAAAUUCAUUUUCCACAAAUUUUACAUUA